UCUCGCUGCGUUAGUUGCUCUCGGAUCGCCGCAGGGAGAGGUUGCGCCGUGUCGCUAUUAACUUUGUCCUCACGUGUUCCAAACUCGAUCGAAUAACUAAUAUGUUUAGUUUUUUAAAUCGACUAUUUUAUAAAAGAUUAAAGUGUAGCAUUGUGCGUGAUCUUCGUGGCAGUUGUAUGUAGGCUGCUGAAAGGACGACGAUGUGUUAAAACAUGACAAGGAUUUUGUGGAGUGAAAGCGGUCAGUGAACGAACACAAUGUUUCCGGCGGUGGCGGCGUUACUGCUGCUGCUAGGGUGGUCGGGGUCGGAGAGCGCGCGGCCGGCGCCCGUGGACGUGCCGCGCUGCUGCCCCGCGCAGCACGCGCUCCCCGUUGAGCUGCUGCGCGCCGCGGCGCUGGCCGCAGCCGCCGUGCCUGCGGCCUGCGCGCCGCAAGCCGAUCCGCCGGCCUGGGCGCCGCUCGUGUACGCGCCGGCGCGCAGCAUCUUCCUGGAGCGUGGCCGAUUGCCUGCGCACUGGCGCGUCGCCGAUGCCGCCGUUCCGGCUUGUCCAGAACUUCGUGUGGUAUUCGAGCAUGCAGCUUCAUAUGCGUUGCUGGCGAACAACGGAUCAUUAUUAUUGCGUGGAGCGACGGCCGCCCUGCCGCCGUCGCGCUACUGCGCCGAUACGGGGGCCGCUCUGAUUUGUUCUGAAGAUAUGGGCGGCCGCGGGCUCUCCAAGUGCUGCGCCGAGGGCCGCGCGUUUGACGGGUCGCGAUGCGUAGAAGACACCGUGCGCGCUGCCGAUGCAUUGAGGGAGCUGCAAGAGCUGGCCAACGGCAGCACGGUGAGCGCCGGGUGGCCGUCGUGUGCGGAAGGUUCGCGCUAUUCGGUGGCGGGCCCGUUGAGCGCGGCGCGGCUGCUGGAGGACGGCGCUCUGGAGCUGGCUGCGGGCGGCGCGAGGCUGGCGGCGGGCGCCUGGUGCGGCGAAGCUGUGGCAGGCGAGAGCGGAGCAAGAGUUUUGGCGUGUGAGGCGGCAGCGCGCGCGGUGCGGCCGGCGCUUAGCACGCGCCACGCACUGUACGGCGCGGGGCUGGCGGUGGGAGCCGCUUUCCUGGCAGCUACUCUGGCGGCGGGCUUCGCGCUGCCGGCCGCACAUCACGCGUUGCACUGGCGCUGCCAGACCUAUUACGUGGCAGCGCUGAUGCUAGGCGAUGUGCUGCUGGCCGCAACGCAGUUGGCUGGCGACUCUGUGCCUCCCACGCUUUGCCGCACGCUUGCCGUGUGUAUGCACUUCCUGUUUCUGUCGGCUUUCUUCUGGCUCAACACGAUGUGCUUUAACAUUUGGUGGACUUUCCGGGACUUCCGGCCGACGUCGCUGGAGCGCGGGCAGGAGGCGUGCCGGCUGCGCGUGUACAUGGUGUACGCGUGGGGCGGGCCGCUGCUGCUGGCGGGCGCGGCGGCGCUACUGGAUCGGCUGCCAGCCGGCGCCGCGCCCGCGCUGCUGCGCCCGCGUUUCGCCGUGCAGCGCUGCUGGUUCUACGGCGACAUGGAAAUCCUCGUCUACUUCUUCGGGCCCGUAGCCGUGCUGUUGCUUGUCAACCUCGCCCUCUUCGUAUCCACCACGCGCCAGCUUACCUGCGGCCUUUGGCGCCGCGAUGAAGUCAAGUCGACAUCCGAAAGGGCGGCGUUAGGACGCGUGUGCGCGAAGUUGGUGGUGGUGAUGGGCGUGACGUGGGGCGCGGACGUGGUGUCAUGGGCGGCCGGCGGGCCCGAGUAUGUGUGGUACGCGACGGACCUGCUGAACGCGCUGCAGGGCGUGUUCAUCUUCCUGGUGGUGGGCUGCCAGCCGCACGCGUGGGCGGCGCUGAAGCGAGCGGCGGCCGCGUGGUGCGCGCGCGCGCCGCACGCCGCCGCGCACUCGUCCUCGCACCUGCCGUCCUGCGGCGAGUCGCUCACGCACACCACGGCGGCGCCCGCUCCCCCCGCGCCCGCCGCACCCGCCCCGCCGGCGCCCGCCGCGCGUCUUCCCAUGGAGACCGUCUGCUGAUGGCUCCGCGAGACCAGUAUUAUCCUACGAGAUUACGUAGACGAUUACUUUUGUAUGACUGUCCGAAACGAGGCUCUGUAUAUACGUAUUUUUAGUUAGGUAUACACGUGUUUGUAUAUGUAUAUGUAUGAAUGAGUUAAUUUAUAUUGUGAAAUUGACGAUACGUCGCACGUGAACGUCUUGCCGUUCGAUUGGCUGUUGAAUAAAUAUUUGUGAGAUUCGUAA